AUGGCGAUGACGACGCUGGCGGUGCGGAUCCGUGCGGUUUGCGCCCUGGCGCUCCUCGCGCUUCUCUGCGGCUGCUGCGCCCCCUCCGUCUGCGGGGCAACGACGGCGGCUAAAGUGAAUGUGUCGGUGGAGGUGUCGUGCCCGAACGAUGCGAAAAAGUUGCGUUGGCGCGUUGCUGACAGGAGUAAUUCUGGCUGGGAGGAGUGUCCGCAGGCAGUGGAGGGUGCGCAGAGCAGUGAAAGCGCUGCUUACGGUAAUACCCUUUGCCUCUUGGCCGGUUCGGUGUACAUGUGGAAGUUCCCGGCGGGGAACUGCCCUGCACCCCAGCCAGCGGCGGGCACAGACGCUGUCGCGUUCAGGUUGGCCUGUACGGCGGCCGCAAACAGUGCGCUGCACAAUCUGUCGAAGAGCGAAACAGUCACCAUCAGUCCAACUGAGAAUCCACUGGGCGCUUCAGACGAUUGUGAGCUCCCAAACUUCAGCCAACCCGCGGCUGAAGUGCGGUCUGGACCCCAACAAUUUUCAGGACAACGGCAACCAGCAGGCCCACAACAACAAAGACCCUCAAAUGCAACAGCAGCGUCUUCUUCGGCGUGA